AUGCACAAGGGCUCGUCGCUCUGUCCGCAUCGUGACGGGACGAUUCCAAGUCACGGCGGGGAGGGAGGGACGACGUCGCGACAGAAAGGCCAAAAAGAGCCGCGGCCAGCCUCCGUAAUUCCCUCCCAUUCCAUCACUCAAGCCAAAUUUCCAACCAACCCCGACGCGUCGCAACUACAAUCAUCCGCCGACCAACCUCGUUCAUCAAAAUCGCAGUUCGUGCUCCCGUCGCCUCCCUCACCACGUUCGCCCUCGACUGCAUCCCUUCGGCCUGCGCUUCGAUUUCAAACGCGACCUCCACGAGCACGGGCGGGAACGGACGAAUGUUUGGACGCUGGGGGAUCGCGUGGGAGUCGGAGCCUGCGGCAAAGCAACGAGCAAGAUCGUCGUCGUUGCGAGCAGGCAGGGGAUCGAUUCUGA